AGUAUCUGCGCUGUCAAAACAAUUACAGUAGCCGGCGCAACAGCUGGCUCGCGAUGUAUACGAAUCGCGCAACAUCCCGCAUCGCUCCCCUGCUCGUGAGAGGCAGCAGAAUAUCAAGAUCGCGUCGUGCGCUCCCUGGCGCUGUUCCUGCGAUCGCAAUCCUACUGCCGUAUCGCGCCAACUCUACCGAUACUCAUUCCUCGACGAAGCCCCAGGGCAACUUUCCUCCGCCUGGCUUUAACUCCGAUCAAGCGAAGAAGCCGUUGUCAAAGGACGAUCAGAGUAGCGAGAAAGGGGCACAGAAUGGCGUGUCAUCAUUAAGCGAGCCCGGCUCUAUUACCAAGAAGGUAAUGGAGAAGGGCAAUGUCGCUUCGACAGGAUCGACCGCUACACAGAAAGAAAAAUCCGGUGAGCUUCAGUCUAUGCCUGAACUUGCUGCAGAAGGCGAGAAGAGCGGAGCGAAGGCCGUGGCUGAGAAGAAGAAGGACGAAAAGAAGAUAACCAUAUGGCAAAAGGUUAAGAAAGAGGCGGCACAUUAUUGGGAUGGAACAAAACUCCUUGGAUUCGAGGUCAGGAUUAGCUCAAAGCUUGCGCUUAAAAUGGCAGCAGGCUAUGAGCUAACUCGGAGAGAAAGCCGACAGCUCCAAAGAACUGUCCAAGAUCUUGGUCGUUUGGUUCCUUUCUCUGUAUUCCUCAUUGUUCCAUUCGCCGAGCUACUUCUCCCCGUGGCCCUGAAGCUCUUCCCCAACCUUCUUCCUAGCACCUACGAGGGACAAAAAGCAAAGGAUGCUAAAGCCACCCGUCUCCGAGCGACGCGCAAGGAAGUCUCAAGUUUCUUGCGGGACACCUUGAAAGAGAGCGGCCUCCCCGUGACACCUGCCAAUGCGCAGAAGGAGGAGUUCACGGAGUUCUUCCGCAAAGUGCGCACUACCGGCGUGGCGCCGACGCCGUCGGACGUCAUUAAAGUGUGCAAGGUCUUCAAGGACGAUCUCACUCUUGACAACCUGUCACGACCACAACUGGUAGCUAUCUGCCGCUAUAUGAACCUGAAUCCCAUCGGACCCGACACGUUCCUUCGUUAUCAGGUCCGACACCACAUGCGACAAAUCAAGCGCGACGACAAAGCCAUUGCCUACGAAGGCGUCGACACUCUCUCCGUCACCGAACUGCAGCUCGCCUGCGGCAGCCGCGGCCUCCGCACCAUGGGCGUGUCCCCCGCCCGCCUCCGCGAAGACCUGCAGAUGUGGCUCGACCUGCGCCUGAAAUACGGCGUCCCCUCGACGCUCCUUGUCCUCGCGAAUGCGUUCGUCUACGCCACCGGCAAGGAGUCCGAGAUCACCAACCAGAUCGAUGCCCUGCAAGCGGUGCUCAGCUCCAUCCCCGAGGAGCUGUUCCAUGAGAUCGAGCUGGAGGUGCAUACCGCCGAGGGCGCCGCGACGAAUAGGCAGAGGCUCGAGGUGCUGAAGGAGCAGCAGGAGUUGAUUGAGGAGGAGAAUGAGCAGCGCGAGGCGGAUGAGGGGCUGAGUGCGAAAGCUAGCGUGCGCGACGUGGAUAACAUCGAUGAGAAGGAUGACAGGGAGGCGGCGGUUGAGCAAGCGGAGGUGCAGCAGAAGGAAAAUGGGACGCUGUUAGAUGACAAGGCUGGUGAAUCAAAGGAGAAGGAUUCCAAGUAGGGUUGUCGGUGGACGAUCCUAUCGUGGCCUUUUAAUCAUAUAUCUGAAUAGAUUUGGAACGGGAGGCUGCCUGGGGUUGGAUCAAUGUAACACAACCAAGCAUACACUUUUCCUUGAUGUUUAUGGGCGGUUAUUAUUCUUAGUCUUAGAGCCAAAAUGGAAUAUAGUCACUCCUUG